UAAUAUAGUGAUUGUACGUAAAUGGUAUAUAGUAUAUAUACUAAAUGAUUACGAAAUAAAAAUGAUAAGUUGGUACAUAUAUUUUCUGAUUAUGUGAUUUUAUCUUCCCAAUAUCCUGACAAAAAUACGUUUUUCCUAAGAAAUAUCCGUGUUUUCAUCCGACAACGGUGAAUUUUUUUUUAGAACGUGCCGCCCAAAGUCGAUCACCGAAAAGCAGAGAGUCCGAAACCUCGAAAACGGUUUGCUGAACUUUGACUGAGGUACUGUUUUACACUACCUCUCACUGGUUUGGUAUAUCAAUUCUCCUUGGAUUAAACAGAUAAAUAAUGAACAAAAAAGAUAGAUGGGAUAUUUGCCGCACCUGUGGUAACACAGCGGAUGUUGAAAUAUUUGGUCGCGAUGGAGUGACUUUACAACUAGAAGAAAAAAUUAAUUCUUAUCUUCCUAUUACAGUUUCUAAGAAUGAUAAUCUACCACUCAAAUUAUGUAAUGUGUGUAUCAAUCGUUUAGAAAAUUGUCAUUGUUUAAUUGUAUCGACCAUUGAAAUGAAUAAAACAUUAGAAGAAGUUAUUAAAAAAGAGCAAAUAAAAAAUAAUUCUUAUAAUUUUGUAAAUAUGGAAAAUAAUGAAGAUGAAAACUUUGAAGAUAUUGAUCAAAAAUGUGUACAGCCCAUGGGAAUUAUGGAUAUAAAUUCUGCUGACGAAGAAGAUUGUGAAGGAAUUGUUACAGUUAAAGAAGAAUAUUUAGAAUAUGGACCAGUGGAUGUUGUUAGUAUUGGGGCUGAUGAACUAUUUGAUGAUGCAUCUGAUGAGUUAGACAUGGAUAAAAUUACAGAAGAAGAUGAUGGCGAGGAGAAUGGUAAAUUUCAAUGUUCCAAGUGCCAGCGUGUUUUUGAUUCGGAGACCAAAAUGCGUCGUCACAUAUUUAUUCAGCAUAAUCCUAGGGAAAUGGAAUGUUUUCAUUGUUUUGCUAAAUAUGAAUCUAUGUUGCAUUUUGAGCGUCAUGUUGCUACACACUUCACUCGAAAUGAAUAUCUUUGUGACUUUUGUCCUACUAUGUUCAAUCGGGUGUCUGGACUACUUGAUCAUUUAGCCAAACAUAAAAUCGAUCGCCAAAGAUUUACUUGUCAAGAAUGUGGAAAAGUAUUGGCAAACAGACUUUCUUUCACUAUUCACCAACGUACUCAUACUGGUGAAAAACCUCAUGCAUGCAAAUAUUGUGACAGAACAUUUUCUCAGAUUUCAUCAAAGCAAUACCAUGAACGAACUCAUACUGGAGAGACAACUCAUCACUGUGAAUUUUGUGGCAAGGGAUUCAAUUCAAAAUUGACACGUGACACACACAGGCGUAUUCACACAGGCGAACGUCCAUUUGGAUGUAAGAAGUGUAAUGCUACAUUUCGUUGCCUAGCGAACUUACGCCAGCAUGAAAUGGUACAUGCACCAGUGAAGCCAUUCCAAUGUGAGGUCUGUUUAAAGCGUUUUGGGCGACCUGAAAAAGUGCGUGUUCACAUGCGUACACAUACUGGUGAAAGACCAUAUAAAUGUCCUAUUUGUGGACGUGGUUUUACUCAAAAGAAUGAUAUGCUUAAGCACACUAAUGUUCACAAUAAACCGCCUCGACGGACCAAUUCACAAAUGAAAAAUUCUGAAAUAGUAAUUUCUAUUGAUAAUAAAUCACCACAGUAUAAAAAUGUAAGUAUAAAAGAAUUACAAGAAAUGUGUUAUGAUGUCUCCAACAGUUAUGAAAGUUCAGAAAACGGAAACGAAACAGAAAGCAGUUCAAUGCUUUGA